CUAGGCCAUUUACAGCCACCGCUUUGUCUAUUGUUCAUCAUUUGUGAUUCUGCCUUCUUCGACUAUCUUAUCGCGAACGUGUUCUGAAGAAGGCAAAGAAAUUAAGAAAAAGAUUCAAAUCGUCAGUCACAUCAAGUCAAAUCGAUGAUUGUUCUGAAAACUUAACCUUUACACGUAUUAUAAUGGUAGGGAUCUCGUUUGGGACGUAUGUAUUCUCCUAUUUACUUCCAAUUACACUAUCCAAGGCUCGCAGUAUCACAGACUCACAGGCAUAACUAACUUAUCCACAGUAUAAAGUCCCUUCUAUUAUUCGCUGGACCAAUACUUUUACCCAAAGCAAUUGGUUAUUAUCGAUCUCAGCGGGCAGCACCUCAAGCUCAUGGUCUCGCAAUUCGACCCGUUCCUCCAAAUGUUUCUCGCGCUCUCACAAUCCUCUUCAUAACGUCACUCGCCUUCCUCAUAAAAACAUUCCCUACAUUUACUACGCCCUCCCUCUUCACACUCACUCAAUCCCGCCUACUUAUCCCCACCGAUGUCCUCUUUACCCGUCUCCAUGCAUUACGGCCCAAUGGUUUCACUCCCCAAGAUGAAUCCCUUCAAAGUUCAUUUGCGAGUCGGGAGAUGCGACUCUUGUAUCUAAAAUACGGUCCAGAAACCAUUACAGAAUGCUCUUUUUGCAACCCGGAAGAUCCAGCAUCUUACUUAUACUAUUCUUUAUUGUCCAUCACCAUACCACAUCUCUUCAAUCUUUGCAUCAUCGCCCUCGCAACCAGUACUCUCUUUACUGGAAAAGAAACAAAUAUCUGGCGAGGAAAAGCUACCAUUUUAGCCGGUGCGAUUGCCGGUUUGGAAAUCUUUAUCGUCGCACGAUGGAACCAUUCAAAUAAUUCCACGGCUCCUAGACUUGAGGAUAUUGAUCACUUUUAUUGGAGUAUGCAGCUUUAUCGCAAUAUAGCAUUAGCAGCUCUCGAUGGUCUCAUAGGUUGGUGUUUGUAUUUAUCUUCCACCAAUCGAGCAUUUCUCGCUCCACCUAGUACAGCGGAGAAAAUAGAAAGCAUGACGAGAAUUAUAGAACAAGCGAGAGGGAAAUUGAACGGGGUAGCAUUAAUGCGUAAUGCUACAGUAAGAGAUAAAGAGUUGAGGAAAAUAGUAGAAGAAUAUUGGGUGAGGGAAGCGACUGUUAUGAGAGAGGUAUUAGAGACUAGGGAGGUGGUAGAUGGGGUUAGGAAUGCGUUAGAUGGUAGAGUUGAUUUAGUUCAGGUACAGAGAGAAGCGGAGGGCUUUACAGAGGCUGUUCUUGGAGGUGCGGAAAAUGUAAUUGCGUGAAUUUUAUAGUACAUUUUAUAGCACAUUUUAUAUGCUGUAUAUGUUGUAGAUACCUUUAGGUACCACAAGAAUCGUAUAUUUAUUAUUUAUCA